GGAUGUACGUCAUUACAUGAUUGAGUACAUUGUUUUUACGUGGGGAUCUCGAGUGUCACGUUAGCUGUUACAGUAAGUAGACCAUGAGUCUGUCAGCAGCCCCACCCAGCUAUGCUGAAGCUACAGCAGGAGAUAAAGAACAAGGAGCUUCUGGUAGCUUCACUUACGCCUCCCAGCCUCCCCCAAUCCCACCCCCAACCAUGCCCAUGCACCCCAGCUGGGCUUAUGUGCAUCCCGGCCCCAGUCCAGGAUAUUCCAAUGCGUAUGCUGCAGACAUGUCCUCACCCUUCUCUGACCCGAGCUCCAGCAGCAGCUUCGACGGCCUCAGUGGAAGCAACUGGGAGGACAAGAAUGUCCGCCGCAUGUUCAUCAGGAAGGUCUUCUGUAUCCUCAUGGUUCAGCUCAUGGUCACAUUUGGUGUGGUGUCACUCUUCACAUUUUGUGAACCAGUCCGGAAGUUUGUACAGUACAAUCGAGUUUUCUAUCUGACCUCAUACAUGACUUUUAUGGGAACAUACCUGAUGCUUGUAUGCAGCACAAAUGCACGACGAAGAUACCCUACCAAUAUGAUCCUUCUAGCCAUUUUUACUUUGGCAAUGUCCUAUAUGGCAGGCAUGCUUGCCAGUCUUGAAAAGCAUGUAUUUCAUUCGCAGGUCUUCUGUAUCCUCAUGGUUCAGCUCAUGGUCACAUUUGGUGUGGUGUCACUCUUCACAUUUUGUGAACCAGUCCGGAAGUUUCAUGACUUUUAUGGGAACAUACCUGAUGCUUGUAUGCAGCACAAAUGCACGGUUGACUUCACCACCUGUCAUGGAUUACUUUUCUCCCUCAUGAUGGUGCUGAUGAUCACCGGGCUUCUGCUGUUCUUCACUGCACCAUUUGGAUAUAUACCCUGGUUGCAUACUGCUUAUGCUGGAUUUGGUGCUCUGGUUUUCACUCUGUUUCUGGCGUUUGACAUGCAGCUGCUGAUCGGCAACAGGCGGUACUCUCUGAACCCAGAGGAGCAUGUGUUCGGAGCCAUCUGCCUCUACAUGGAUGUGGUUUACAUAUUCCUCUUUUUCCUUCAGCUCUUUGGGAGCCGUGAGUGAGGUGUUCAUGCUGUGUCCAGGCUUUAGCCUUUGUCCUCUUUUACACACACACACACACACACACACACACACACACCCUUCUCAUUUACUCCAAGGUUUGGUGAGGAGCGAACAGUCUUCCUUCAUUCUGUGUGGCAGUUGAAGUUUGAUGUGUGCUGUUGUUUUCCUUCUGGUCAUGGUUAGGCAGCUCUUUGCACACCUCGUAUGCACCCUCGCUGCAAGAUAACCAUGCUACCAAUCAGAUAUACACAUGCUGUUCAGGGUCGACAAUCACUGCACAUCAUUUUUGUGUUUUCAGUUCAAGUGAUUUGAAAAACCCUAGGCCAUCUGCAUUGAAUAAUGUUUAGAAUUCCAGCACACAAUAAUCUGAAAAAAAUACUUACUUGUCAAUGGAUAAUAUCCCUUCGUUUGCACGUUGUAUAGUUGAAAUGAAUCUUCUGACAGGCGAUCACUAAAUGUAUAACAGUACCUUCAACCUAAGUUUCGUCAAUCAGCAACAUUGUGCAGUGAAAUUAUGCCAGAGCUAGAGAGGCCUGUAUGUGACACUUUGAAUUGCUUUUUGUGCAAUAACCUGCUCUUGAAUGGGAGACAGAAGCUGGAGCUUACAGGAACUUGUUGCGGUCAGUAAAUAUUUUGUGCCUCUGAAUGCUGGUUGAUAAUGAGAUUUCAGUGUUGUUGUAUGCAGCCAAUGCAGAUUUAUAAAAAAAAAAAAAAAAUUAUUAUUAUUAUACUGUGUGCCAAAUAUAGUUCUGUCACGUGAGAGAUUUUAAUUGCAGCACUUGGUCCAACAGGUCAGUUGUGAGGUCUGCAAUAUAUGUCUAUGAAUUGCCUCAUAAAUUAACUCGUAAGUGUGUGAUGCUUGGGUGUUUUUGUUCAUUUCCAAGACACUUGAUUGCUUUUAUUUCUAAUUUUCUAAGUCACAUUUGAGUCAAAUGUUUGAAAUACUGAAUUAUCAGGUGCUGACUUAUUUGAAAAGAGAUGACUUGUUACAUUCAGUAGAGACAAAAGAUGAUAUAAUGUAUUUUAUGAUUUGUUUCAAGCACAUAGGGCUUAUAUUCCAUGGGCUUCAAUAUACUUCUCUUGUCUCUUAAGAACUUAUAGAGUGUGUUGACAUUUUAAUUUGGGAAAACUUCUUAAUUCUGAAAACCUCAAUAGGUUUUUAGGUCAUUUACACCUAUAUUGACAUUCCUCUUUGCUUGCAUUUUAAACUGUUUCUAUAAAUUAAGCAUUCAUCUUUUUGAUGGAUUGGUGUUUCAUUUGUCACAGUGGGUUAUAAGAGAUUUGGGUAGAAAGCCUCACAUACCCAUACUCUUUAUUUCUUGAUUUAAGGUUAUACUAACCUACAGUAUUGUUACUGAAAUGGCAGUUUAAAAAACACAAAUGUAUGUAUUUUCUCAUAUGUACAUUUCACACAUGCAACUUUGUUCCUUUUUAGAUUAAAUGUAUAAAUGCUUUACAGACACUGAACGCUUAACAUGCUUGGUUUUGAAAGCUAUUUUUUCAGCUGAAGGAUUUCAAUUUGAGGUGAUCUGUGUAAUUUUUUUGUGAAGUCUUAUUGUACACGUGCAUAUUAAGUGUGAGUGUAUAUGGAUCACCCUAUGCCUUUCCUAUCUCUCUCUCUGUGCACUUCUGUGUCUACAAAUGAAUACGUUUAACCUAUAAUUACUGCAUGAUCUGUGGUACAGAGACCCACUGUGUGCUACUUUAGAACUGAAAAGCAUUCCUUCUUUUUCCUGUUAAAAUACUAAUGGCCAGUGGGUGAUUACAGGAUAUUGUGUUGUUUUGUAACCUCAUCUGUGCUUUAGUAAAAUAAAUAAACAGAACCGUGAAUAAUAAA